ACACUUCGCGGGUGCAGCGCUGAGUAAGCAGUGCUGCCUCCCUUCCUGGUGGGUGCUCAGACAGAGAGGCUGUGAUUGUAGCUCAGUUUUGACAACUAAAGCUGGUUUCGAUUUUGCUUCUGUUUUUUCUUUUUUUUUUUUUUUCUUGCUGUAAUUUAUUCAUCCCGCCCAGCAAUCCCGCUUUGCAGAGCAAAAAGCAAAAGCUGCUGUUCUUGGAGAAGAGGCAUCCGCACUGUGCUCUGCUCAGCUGAUAGGAGGAGUCGGUGCAGCAGCAGCUCUGUGGAUGCAGUCUUUGCAGGACGCUGCACAUCGGUGUCGAUGUGUGCCAGGCAUGCAGCAGCGGCUCUUCUUUCUCCUUGGGGACUUUGAGGCUGCCGUGAGUUCGAGGCGGUGGGUGGCAGUGGGCCGGGGAAGCCGUGGGCUUCUGUUGGUAGCAGCAGUGCGUGGUAGAAAGCACAGCAAGGAGGUGAGCGUCUGCACGGCGCUCCGGGAAGCGUCUGUAAGGGAACGUGCCACAUGUGAGGCAAUGAUGAUGAGAAAGCAUUUUGGCUGGCAUACGCAUCUUCCCUUGGCCUUUAGGAGGCCGGAGGGAACGCGCUGUGUAAGCUGGGGACAAAAUGUCUGAGAGGAGGAGAGCUGUGUGGGGGGGUGGGCAGCCGUGCAGCACUGCCCCUGCCCUCAGCGUGGCACAGCACAGCCACUGCUCUGCUUCUGGGCUCCCUUCAUCCCCUCGCCUUACAAAAUCACACCGGUUCCCAUGGAUUUUAUUAACUGCGUUUUUGCAGCUGGCUUUUUACAUUUUAUUUCUUUUUUUUUUCUUUUUUUAAUCUAAGUAAGCCUCACAUCUAUAAAAGGCGUAUCGUGCUGCUCGGACUGUCAGGAUGUGUUGUCCCAAACACGGUGAAUGGAAAUAAAGAUGCCUGAGGGGCUGCUCCGUGGGGGCUGCCUGCCUCUGUGGGAAACAAAUGCCCACAGGUCACUGAGGUAAUGCAGGCCCUCCGAGGAGGGGAGCUCUCCUGCCCGCCUUGCUCAGGAGAUCUCCUUCCACCAGGAGUCUGCAAUCUCCUCAACCCGGCGGCUAUCUAUGCCAACAACGAGAUCAGCCUGGGAGAUGUUGAGAUAUAUGGCUUUGACUACGACUACACGUUAGCACAGUAUUCUAACUUACUGCACUCCAUGAUUUUCAACACUGCCAGAGACAUCCUCAUAGAACAGUUCAAGUAUCCAGAAGGGCUUGGGAAGUAUGACUACAUUCCAGGGUUUGCAAUACGUGGGCUUCACUACGAUGUACAAAAGAGUCUUCUGAUGAAGAUCGAUGCUUUCCAUUAUGUCCAGCUUGGGACAGCAUAUAGGGGGCUCAAACCAGUGCCUGAUGAAGAGGUAAUCGAGCUGUAUGGAGGUACGCAGCACAUCCCCCUGUAUCAGAUGAGCGACUUCUACGGCAAGGGUCCUUCACUUAAACAAUUUAUGGACAUCUUCUCUCUUCCUGAAAUGACGCUGCUCUCGUCAGUCAUUGAUUACUUCAUAACUCAUGGCAUUGAGUUUGACCAGGUCCAUCUUUACAAGGAUAUAUCUGAUGCUAUUAGAGAUGUUCAUGUGAAAGGAGUGAUGUACAAAUGGAUUGAAAAAGACAUGGAACAGUACAUUCUGCACGGUGAUGAAAUCUAUGCUGUCCUAAACAGACUGGUGAACCACAAGAAGAAACUCUUCCUCAUUACAAACAGUCCCUUUAGCUUUGUGGACAAAGGAAUGAAACACAUGGUUGGCAAGAACUGGCGGGACUUAUUCGACAUGGUCAUUGUGCAAGCUGACAAACCCAACUUCUUCACUGAUCGGCGAAAACCUUUUAGAAAACUGGAUGAUAAUGGCUCACUGCAAUGGGACAAAAUAAACCAGCUGGAGAAAGGAAAGAUCUACAAAGAGGGUAAUCUCUUUGAUUUUUUGAGGCUGACAGGUUGGCGUGGAUCCAAGGUGCUCUACUUUGGUGACCAUCUGUACAGUGAUCUUGCGGACCUCAUGCUGCGUCACGGCUGGAGGACUGGAGCCAUAGUCCCUGAACUGGAGACAGAGAUUCGGAUCAUAAACACAGAGCAGUACAUGCACUCCCUGACCUGGCAGCAGGCUCUGACGGGGCUGCUGGAGAGGAUGCAGAUGUAUCAGGAUGCGGAGUCAAAGCAGGUACUGCUGGAGUGGAUGAAAGAGCGGCAGGAGAUCAGGUCGCUGACAAAGAACCUGUUCAACCCCCAGUUUGGAAGCAUCUUCCGCACCUUCCACAACCCCACGUACUUCUCACGCCGGCUGGUGCGGUUCUCUGAUAUCUACAUGGCAUCCAUCAGUUGCCUGCUGAACUACGAUGUGAAUUUCACCUUCUACCCACGGCGCACCCCUCUGCAGCACGAGGCCCCACUCUGGAUGGAUCAGCUCUGCACAGGCUGCAUGAAAACCCCCUUCCUGGAGGAGAUGGUGCACAUUCGGUGAAGGGCCGGCUAUUCUGGCCAACAGAGCUAGUCUGUACAUGUGGCCAGCAGCACCUCUGUGUACCACUAAAGGGUGUUUGACACUUA